AUGAGCUCCUCGACCUCCGUCGAGCUGCCGCGCGAAGGCGAGUACCGCGUCGAAGUGCCGCCUCACACCGAGGUAGCCAUCCGACUCAAGAGCGGGUCCGCCGAGCUCUUCGGCGUCGAGCUCGCCAUGGACCGCGAGUACACGUUUCGAGACCGGAAGCUCGCGAUCUUUACGUGGUACGGGUGCGCUCUGGAGGUACGUGGAGCGCCGGAGGUGGCCUACACGUCCGAAGAGACGCCGAUGGACAGCUACCUCAACAUCCACUCGCAGCUCCAGCGGCGCAGGGAACUGGCCAAGGUCAAGAAGGCCGCUGGACCGCGCGUGCUCGUCUGCGGGCCCGUGGACAGCGGCAAGUCGACGCUCACGCAGAUCCUUGUGAACUACGCGCUGCGGCUAGGCGAGAAGCCGACACUGGUAGAGCUGGACGCCGGUCAUGGCUGUCUCAGUGUCCCCGGCACGCUCUCGGCCUCGCCGCUCGAUAUGAACUCGCUCAGUGUCGAGGAGGACUUUGUCCUGACGAACCCACUCGCGUACUUCUAUGGCCACGCCGCGGCGUCGGAGAACGUCGAGCUCUUUCGUCACCAGCAGCAACAGCUGGCAAGGACAGUCAAGCGACGACUGGAGAAAGAUGAAGAGGUGAACGCGUCCGGGUGUGUGAUCAACACGUGUGGGUGGGUGGACGGAAUGGGCUUUGACCUGCUGGUAGACGCGAUCAACGACUUUGACGUCGAUGUCGUGCUGGUCAUUGGACAGGAUCGACUCUACAGCCGCUUGCAGAGUACACUCACAGGAGCGCCAUCGACGGGUGUGGACCGAUCGAUUGUAAAGCUAACGCGAUCGGACGGGGUUGUGCCCAUGAACAGUAAACUGCGCUCGGCUGCGCGCAUUAGCUGCAUCCGGGAGUACUUUUACGGCGUGCACUCGCUGAGUGUUGCGAUUCCCACGCUGUCGCCUUGUAUCAAUGAGGUCUCGUUCGACGACGUUUCGUUCUUCACGAUCAAAGACAUGAAGGUGUCUGCCGUGAUGCUCCCGGUGGGUCAGGUGGAGACGCAGGCCGACCGAUUGCGUGCAAUACCUGUCGAAAAGACAGCGGACCUGGGACACUCACUGGCAGCCGUCGUCCACCCGCGGUACGGCCAGAAUGUGUCCCCUUCGUCGUCAACGGAUCCGUCGCUACUUCUUGAAGCCCCUGCAGCAGGCUUUGUUUUCAUUAAGGAGGUUCGGAUGGUAGAUCAGAUACUAGUGCUGCUUGUUCCUUCGCCAGGUCCGCUACCAUCACGUAACCUGUUGGUAGGCUCAAUCAAGUGGAUGGAGUAA